CCCUUCUCGCGACGUCGAAAGGGCGCCCGGAGUAGUAGACGCGCUCGGAACGUAUUAUCGGAGCCACCACGAUCGCCGGUGCCGCGCGAAGAACACACUUCCGCGUUGACGUGCUUUUUUUUUUAUUCUUUCUCGGGAUCUUCCUGGUGACAGUGGACACGUGAACCCGUAAUUUCGGUCGAUCGAUUUCCGUGAAACGGUCUCUCGGUGGACUAGUGUAAUGUGCUGAGGAAUCGAAUCCGAGACGAGAAUUCGUUUUGAACGAUCAGCGACAUUCGGCGACAUAAUUCAAAUGACAUGGGAGCUUAGCAGUGCUUUGCAAGCUUUUGUGAGAACUGAGAUAGAGCGAGAAAGAAAGAGGCGGAUAGAAAGAGUAGGGGAGAAAGAGCGCAGAGCGAAGUUAAAUUGUCAGCGAAAAUUGAAAUUGCAAUAUAUCAAUAAAUAUAAUUAUUGACAAAACAGAAGAAUUCACAAGUAUCGAAGAAGAAGGGGUAAGUGGGUCAGCGAGAAACGGAGCUUCGGGUGUCGUUGGCCCAUGAAGUCGAUGGAAAUACUGAUGAAUGAAGUUCGAGGACAACAGAGAUCGAAGAGGCACAGGAGGAGAGCCUGGGCUAGGUCAAGGACUUUGUGCGGGAAUCCUUCUUUGUGAUCCACGGCGGUCUUCGCUCACGCCUGUCAACCUGUGGCUCGCGGGACGGUGAAACGAGGAGGAGCGAAGGAGUCACGGGAGUGGAGUUGAAAUUAAUAUUAGUCGUGUCUAAUCCUCUCGCGGACGAAUUCUGAUGAAUCUAUGCACAAUAUAUUCGGCCGUCGUCAGUACAUUCCGCUCGUGCUUCGCGAUUGUGUUAAAGAACAGUGCUGUUUGUCACAUACGUUUGCGCCGCGUCGCGUUCCUACCUCGGUACUCCGCCGUGAAAAGGUGAAUCGCGCGGAUCUAAAAAGUGCUAAGAAAAAAAAUCUUUGAUAUCCAUUGUUGGGGGGGGGAAGCCGGUCGAUCGGGUGAUAGAGUGUGCGUCGCUCUUUGGAUAGAUUUAUAAGAGGAGAUCCUUUGUGCGGUGGAGGCCCAUCAACGAAACCAUUCUGGAUACCAAGCUACUCAUACGUCGCCAAUGAAGAUGGAUUAUUCAGCAAUAUUUAGUCGAAGCCACUGUAUUUUGGGUCAAAAUUUAGAGGAUAUAGUUGCAUUCCUAGAUAAAGGAAAAGUGCGAGAAUUACUAAAUUCAAGGGACAAAAUAGUCCAAGACAGAAAAGCUCAAGAAAUGAGGAAGCUGACCACAGAAGCCAAUAGGAGCUGUUAUAACAAGGGUAUAAUUUGGAAUGGGUGCCACAGCUUCGCUGGUGGUUGCAAUAAUUCCAACAGUACAGAGAAUUUCCGUCCGUCGUUGCCCCCGACUCCGGAAAUUUCUGAGUACCAGCAGGUAUCGCAAUAUAACAGCAGUAACUACCAGUUUUCCGGGCCUCCAUGUCAAAACGCCUGCCAACAAUCAUCCAAUUACGACGAUUCAAUUGCAACCAACCGAUAUAACUUACCGAAUUAUAAUUCUCCAUUGUACAAUUACGGUUCGCCAUCGGACGCCACGAACAAGUGUGGUAUCAACGUCCCAAAUUCGUCCGACUGCUUUAAUCUUCCAUCGUCACCAGAAUCUCCCACAACCACUCCGCCGAAAGUGACGUCGCCAUCGACGGUCGCGAGGACAAACAGAGCACAGGCACAGCCUCAGCGUUUCGCGUGUCCGCAGAAGCGCAACGUUUUCGUCUCCGGUUCGUCCACAACGACAUUCACGACGUCGCCCACGUCGACGAAUACGCGUAGCAUCGCCGCUACCAACGCGGCGCCGGCCGCCACUAACGUGCUGUACAACGAGCAGCUACCGUCCCAAAACUUCAGGAACAAGACGGAGUAUCGUGGCGGCGCGGAGGAGCAACAGCAUUCGUGUGGUGGAUCAACCUCGUCGUCCCGAUACAAUCCGUCCGCGUAUAACGUCACGCCGAACACGCUGAAGAUCCUGUCGAACGUCGGUGGUGACAACAUCUUCGUGGACAGGAACAGUUUCUUGACCUCCCUGACGGCGAUACCAGAAGUGAGAGAGGAGCAACAGCAGGAACAGCUCGUGAGUGAGUCGUCCGUGAUACCACGUUACAGGCUUAACAACGCAGGCAUCUUCCCGGAGAGGGGCCCAACUUUGAAGGAAGAGUCCGUGAUAAACGCGAGCAUAGUCGGUACCAUUGGAGUCCCUAAUCGCAGCAAUUUUAAGCAGCAAUCCUUCUGCGCGGGAAGAAGCACCGGCGACGCAUCGCUGGUGAAGCAAGCGGCCCUGCCGCAAUAUAUAGACACCAUUUCGCCAACAUCGGACAUCGUAACGGAGAUGAAAUACGAGACGCAAUCGGGUCCGCCGGCGGCGCCGCCCCACUUGACUUCAUCCGGAGUCGAGCCGCCGCACAGCAGCCAAGGUUCCGGGAUAGUGUUGGGCAGUUCACCGACUGAGAUUGACACUUUGCUGAUGCCCGGUUGCUGGGCAAACGGGCAGGACUCCUUCAUGGAGGGUGGAGUCACGGAUGCGAAGCAGACGGCCGUCGCAUUCCAAGAUAACUGGGACACGCUCUUAGGUACGACGGUCUCGGAGCAGACGUUGCCAGACGUGAAGUUACUACCCCUUCCACCAUUCACCAAUUAUACGGGACACCUUCAAAUCAAUGGUAUCCCUGGGCAUCACUAUCAUGCGAUAGCUUCGUCUGGUCAAAGAUCGUCGAUCGACGUGGGCUCUGCAUCUCCCACGCCCUCCUCCAAUCAGGAAUUCUUCGAGUCGCCUGUUGUGUCUUCUAGCACGCCAUGUCCGCAGGCAAGUCAGAAGCAACAGCCGCAGCAGCAACAGCAAAACCAUCAACAUCCGCAACAUCACCACCCUCACAAUCAGCAACAACAACUGCCGCAGUCGACGCAACCGAUAAACUACGAGGACAUGGAAGACAUAGCCCAGAUCAUCGGUUCUGCGAUAGCAGACACGACGGUGCCAGGCAACGGGAAUGGUCCCAACUCCGAGCAGGAUACAGACGCCUCGAGGGAUUGGAUAGAUAUCGCCGAUUGGAUUACUACCGAGGCAGGUUGUUCGCCUAAGACCCAAGAGACCACUUCGCCUAGUACGUUCGCGCCACAUCAGAUCUACGUGACUACGACACCGCCGACGCAGACUCAGCAACACGCUGGCUCUGCGUUACAGAACUUGCUUACGCAGAAACUCGAUUACGCGCCCCUGUUGCAGGCGAGACUGCAGGCCGGCGCAAACGCGAAUCUUCAUCAGAACGCGUCGUGUGGUGAGACCCCGUCGUCAACAAGCCCGUACCCACCGCUCAGCCCGCCUAACCGAGUGUCCACAUCCUGCAGCCCCGACGACAUCCUGCACUCCUCCUUUGCCGCGCCCUCCCACCCCAGAAAGAGGUCACGAUCCUCGCCGGGCUCCGGGGCCUCGCCCUCCAAGAAGGGCCCGACCGCCGGUGCCGCGGCGCUACCAUACGGAACGGAAUCGGGUUUAAUGAGUGGCAAGGAUAAGCCAAUACAUCGGUGUCAUAUCUGUCAAAGAGGUUUCCUAAACAAAAGCAAUAUUAAGGUGCACCUUCGCACUCAUACUGGUGAAAAACCAUUUAGAUGCGACGUGUGCAACAAAGCCUUCAGGCAAAAGGCCCAUCUUAUUAAGCACCAACAGAUUCACAAAAGAAUUGGCAGGGAUUAG